AUGGGUUUAUUUGGUGGUACGAAAAAGAAAGAAGUAUCUAGAAGCUUGUCUUCAUCGUGUUCGUCGAAGAACUCGGCGGCUUUUUCAAACUUUGAUGAAAAACAAGAGUAUCUAAAACGAUGUUCAUCCAAAUCAAGAGAUAAAAAGAAAGCUCCUCAGUGUGUAAGUUUUAGUAUAAAAAAGUAA